AUGGACAGUCUUUGCAAAGCUUCCAGGUGGAAAGAAACACAAAUUACGGGAUGUGUUGCUCUUAUCCAGCAACGACUCGGAAACUCCCCCCGUGAACAAGUUCAAUCUAAGCAAGGAAAAGGCGGUCGAGGUGGUAGAUGUGAAAAAGGUGGUCGUGGUCGAGGUGAAAAAGGUGGCCGUGCUGGAAUAAGUGCAAAAGAUGGUCGUACUGGAACAAGUUCUCGGGGUGGACGUGGUGGAGGUAAAAAGACUCCAAUUCAAGGUGGCAGCGGUCGAGGUAAAAAAUCUAGAGGUGUAGAACAAGUUGUGGAACAUGAGCAAGAUGACGAUUUGGAUGCUUUUAUGCACUCGUCUUCGAAUGAGGCAUCAAGUGAAUGA